AUGCUUCAUCGUGACGCUACUUUCACAUUAUACAAGGCCCUCGUUGUCCUGUCUGAUCGUAAACAGUUAAAGUCUACUCAGGAUGCUACACGGCACUCCAAGCCAGAGUCUGAGCAGCCUUCAAAGAAGUCACGAACCACUGUGGAACAGCCAACUGAAGCCGCGCAGUCUACUUUUACACUACCGAGCUACAUUAAGGGGAUUGCUGGGUCUCCGGCAGCUCCCGUCUCGCAAUCGAAGGUCAUCGAUCUGCCCCUGUUGUUUGCCUGCAAACUAUUGGACUACUCAGACAAGGGCUCCUUUAGUAUGUAUAACAUCGAGAGCAUCAUCAACUCUCUCUGUCUCCCCAUUUCAAGAUACCAGGUUCGGGCUUUGACCAGUAACGUCGCCACCAGCAGUAAAUGCUUGUUUUACCGAACCCUUACUGAUUAUCCGGUGCCUAAGGAAGAUCCCACUGCAACGAAAUUAAGCCGAGCAGCUUCGAAGCGGCCCUACGAUCCCGUAACUGAGGAUCUCAGCGAACUCACUGGAACCCCACUUUCACUGAUCGACGACGAGGAGUAUUUGGAGGAACUUGUCCGUGGUGGAGAUGCUAUUCUGGACGAAGAGGAGGAGAGCCAGCUUCAAUCAGUUCCUCCCGUCGGGAUGCAGCUCAAGAGCGAUUCUGACGCCGACACUGAAGCUGCUAACAAUACCGACUUUUCUACUGGUGACAACUUCCUCAGACAGUUGCGAAAAUUGGAAAACGAUUGCCUCCGCCUGGAAGACAAACUGAAGAACAGAGAACAAUUUAUUGAAUCACUCAAGACAGAAAAUGAGGAGAUUCCGAAGUUGCGUGAGAAGUUGAAGAAAGUCACAUCGACUGCUGACCAUUACAAACAUCGAUGUCAUGAACGGAGAGCUAUCCUCUCCUCCACACUCCAACAGCUGGAGUCUCAGUCCUGUAUCCUGGAGACCACGGUGCAGGCACUACGUAGUGGGGCACGCAAGCUAAAGCGUGAUCUCUACAGCAACGAGUCGUCUUCGUCUUCCAGGGGUGAUUCAAGGCGCCCGGAGUCGCGAACAAGCAGCGUCGCCCCGGCUUCCAACCCGCCUACACCCACACUAUCGUCUGCACACGAGAAGACAUCUGGGUCACAUCACUCUAACCCGCCUGCAUCUGAAACUCCAAAACGAGUACCUACUGAUGACCCAGUGUCCACUCCCGAGCAGACGUCGAACAAUCCUCCAACCAACCAAGAGGGAAGUGGAGAUGUAGGAAAUCGUUCGCAGACCAACGUCGAAAUCACCUCCGAAGAUAGCCUGGAAAACGCUCCAUGA